AUGGCUCAAUAUAUUGGAUUGGGAGACGAGAAUUUUGGUGGGUUAGAAGAUUUCUGCGAUGCCGUCCUGAAGACAGAAGAUGGCUAUUGUUUCAAAGUACAUCGAGUAAUUCUCUCCAAAAAUUCUAUAUAUUUCCGAGCUUUAUUUCUUUUUGGUGGAAGUAGCAGAUCAGCUGCAGAUUUUUCGUUGUCUUGGUUUAGUGGACGCACUGUGAAACAAGUUCUUAAUUAUUUAUAUUAUGGCAAAAUACCUUUAGAAAUAGACAAUAUUGUGGAAUUACUGCUGGCAGCUGACUACUUUUUAUUGGAUGAUUUGCUUCGAAAAUGCCAGGUGUUUGCAAAAGAAAAUUUAUCCUUGAAAAAUUGUGUGAAGAUAUUUGUAGCAAGUCAUAUAAAUAACAGAUUAGAGCUAUACAAAGCUAGUAGAAGAUUUAUAAGGUUCAAUUUCAGCAAACUUUUAGACCAACAGACAAACGAUAUAGCUGAUAUUCCAUUUGAAUUAUUUAAAAUCCUCCUGGAAGAUGGUAGUUUGAACAUUCCUGAUGAAACGUACAUAUGGAGAGCAGUAGAGCAGUGGGUUAGCGACUGUUCUGAAAGGUUGCCAGUUGCACAAGAAUUUCUCACUACGAUUCGUUUCCACAAUCUCAAUCAACAUUUAGCCCAAUAUAUCCUGAAAAAUUUCACAAGACCAAGACAGCCAAAGAAAUUAUAUCUGAUUGCGAAGAGUUUCUCCAAGUGGAACAUUGCCAUGACAGACUUGUAUGUGACGUAUAGUGAAGACCUUUGCAUGAGGCGGAAAGUCACCUUGCAGGCAAGAAAUAACUUCUGGCCCAACCAGAUGUUUGUUAUCAACCACUUAGCCUAUAUGUUUGAUUCCUGGUCAGGAAACGCAAUGAUAUUUAAUCUUCUCGAUAACACUUGGGAUGAAAUGCAACCCAUGAAUAGUUCACGCAAGAAAUAUACUAUCGUACACAAAGGGCAAUUUUUAUAUGCCAUUGGUGGAUAUUUGGAUACAUUUGAUGAAUCAGAAACAUCUUGUGCAUUCGAGAUAUAUGACACUAAAGAUCAAGCAUGGAAACAUUUGGGUUCGACAGUCAACAGCGUAACAGCUGCAUCGAUAGGAAAUAAAAUAUACAUUCUUGGUGAAACACCAACAUCACGUAUUAUGACAGCAGAAGAAUAUGACACAAUUAGCGGAAACUUCUCUGAAAUGCCUUCACCAGAAAUUUCUCGAACCGGGUUUGCGAUGGUCGCUUAUGAAAAUCAGUUAUUCGUUCUAGCAGGAUUGGGUGAUUACGGGCAGUUGAACUCAGUGGAAAUUUUCAACCCAGAAACCCGUACCUGGAGGCAAUUUCAGUCUCUACCAUAUGGGUAA